AUGCCUCUAUUACUUCCUGCACCUUCACAAACCCUUUGCCUCAACCCAGAACCCCUCACACCAAAAGCAUUCUCUCCAUUUGGUACUGCCAUAACUUCUCCUCUCCCACCAACUCGCUCAAGCAUUCUCAAAUCAUCAUCGUUGCCACAGCCACUACAUCCCCCUUACCAACCCCAUCCAGUACUCGCAAACCAAGCCACAGCCCUAAAAUACUCACCCAUCUCUCCACUUGUAAACAAUUACCCUGAUGCCCCGAGCCGCGGUCCUGGUCGGCCACUAGUGAGCAUGUUUUCCUGCUUUCCGCGGCAGCUCGAUCGUGUUGGCAAUUUCAAUGUCAGAAUCCUAGAGAGACAUCCAUUCACUACCCAGACGUUCGUUCCCCUUGGCGUUGCCGCAAAUGACCCAGACAUAAGUUUUCUCAUUAUUGUGGCGCCCCCUUUACUAGAUUCACUGCCAACGAAGACGACAUCAGGGAACAGUAUCCAGAUCUAUCAGCCACCGGAUCUUUGCAAUAUGAAGGCUUUCGUGGCCCAUGGUGGACAGGCUGUCACAUAUGGGGUGGGAACUUGGCAUGCUCCGAUGGUGAUUCUGGGUAGGCAAAGGGUCGACUUCGUGGUUACGCAGUUUGUGAGUGGAGUUGCUGAUGAGGAUUGCCACGAGGUGCAAGUCGAAGAGGGAGUUGUUGUUCGGACCGGAGCAGGACAAAUGAUGUCAAAGUUGUAA